AUGGAUUCCAGCCUCUUCCGCUGGCCGUCGCCCGGGCCGCAAACCGCCGUCGCCGUCACCGUCACGGCCACGGCCGUAGCCACGGCGACGCUGCUGCUGCUCGCCAGAUCCGCGCUGCGGCCGCGGUGGGGCAGGGCGCUGCCGAGCCCGCUCAAGACGACGAUUCCGAGGCUACCGAGCGACGAGGUCGAGCGUCUGGUCUAUCAGCCGGAUGCCUUUCCGGGGGCGAGGGACGUUGAUACGCCGUAUGGAUCCAUCCGCGUCUAUGAAUUUGGCCCCGAGGACGGCGAAAAGGUCCUGCUCGUCCAUGGUAUCAGCACUCCCUGUAUAACGCUCGCUCUCAUCGCCCACGGCCUUGUCAAACGCGGAUGUCGAGUAAUGCUUUUUGAUCUCUUUGGCCGGGGCUUCUCAGACGGCGUCGGCGAUCUCCCUCAUGAUGAGCGCCUCUACACCACUCAGAUCCUCCUCGUGCUCGCCUCAAGCCCUCUGGCCUGGACUGGAAACGACGCCUUCCGCCUCAUUGGAUACUCCUUGGGCGGAGGUAUCGCCGUUCACUUCGCCGCUGCGUUUCCUCACCUUGUCUCGUCGCUUGUUCUGCUCGCCCCCGCGGGCCUCAUCAAUGCUGCAGACUUUGGCGCCGUGUCAUUGUUCAUCUUCAAAUCUGGCUUCGUGCCGGAGAGGAUCCUCGCUUACCUGACUCGAAUUCGCCUGCAGCAGCCCAUCGCCGCCUCCCGAAAGGCCAAAGAGAUCUCGCCGUCCGCAGCUGCUGCAGACAUCGCCGCCACAGAGGCUACCAGCGACGGCGAGACGCAGAAAACCGACGGCUCCUCCAUCCCCUUUGAGCAGCAUGUGCUCAUGUACGUCCGAUGGAUGGCUCUUCACCACACCGGCUUCAUCCCAGCGUUUAUGUCUUCGAUCCGAUGGGCGCCCUUGACGGACCAGCAUGAGAGCUGGAAGCUGCUUGCGCGCCGGAAGCCGGGCUCGACAAUGGUCCUGUUGGCGCAGAAUGAUGAGAUUAUCGACGUCAAGGGCUAUGAGCGUGAGGGCCUUCCUCUUGUGGGCGGUAAGGAGAAUGUGGUUUGGAAGGUUCUUCCUGGCACGCAUGACUUUGUCAUGACGCAUUCGGAGAGGAUCCUCAAGGAGAUGGAUGAGUUGUGGAACUAG